AGGUAUGCAGAACAUCCUCUUUAUGCCGAACUCAUUGCUGCGGAAUUGCCGGAGACCAGCAACCGCACACUGGUUCAGGUGAGGCGACGGCUGGCCGAGCUGGGCCUAACAUCCAGAGGCCGGGACAAAGCCGCGGAGGAAGAUCAGCCACCAUCAAAGAAGGUGAAGGUUUCUGAGGUUCGAUUAGAGGAAGAGGAAGGCCAGGAAGGCCCAGCUCCAGCUUCGCCAGGGACUCCGAAACAUCAUGCAGAGCGGGAGGAGGAAGAAAUGCUUGAAGAGGACUUGGAACGUUUGCUCGAUGCAGCUUACGACAGCUGCCCACGGGAUGAGCAUGCUGGAGUUGGUGGAAGCACCGCAGCUGCGGCUACUGGAAGUGCUGCUGGCACCAUGAUGGAUCCUUCGGGAACGCAGGGAGUGCAAGACUCUCAAGACGGCCUCAAGAAUCUGGAAAUGGAGCUUGAAAGAAUGAUGGAGGAAGUGCCCAGCAGUGCACAACAGGGUGCUGGUGGUCAAGCCUCAGGUGCUCCAAAGGAAGCUGCUGAGACUCAGAAAGACCCAGAGAGCCUGGAGAUGGAACUGGAAAGGAUGAUGGAUGAAGUGCCAGAAAGUUUGGCAGGGGAAUUGGCGAAGGGUCAAGGCAAAUCUCCCAUGGAGGCCGCUCCGCCAUCCCGUCAUGUUCCAGACAGUCUGGAGUUGGAGCUCGAACAAUUGAUUGACGAGGAGGAAUUCCCUUGCAGUUCAAGCCGCAAAUCCCAAGAGGGUCAAGG